ACUUCUCGAGGUCGGUGAAGUGGAAGUUGGGUUUAGUUGAUGGUUGUGACUAUUGAGUAUAGUAGUUGUGAAUGGUAGAUUGGUAGUGUGUAUAGCAGCUGCUGUGUUGAUAGUUGCAUGGUUGAAGUCAACUUGAACCUUGUGAGUCUUCGUGACUUGGCUUCUAGUUAUUCUAUGAAUGCACUGACUUUAGCUAGUUGAUUGUAGGUUGGUUUGAAGGUUGGAAUGUGAGUAGGUAAGUAAGUAAGUAGGUAGGUAAGUAAGUAGGUAGGUAGGUAAGUAAGUAGGUAGGUAGGUAAGUAAGUAGGUAGGUAGGUAAGUAAGUAAGUAAAGUUGAAUGAAGUGAAGUGAAGUUAGGUUGAAUGAAGUGAAGUUAAAUGAAGUGAAGUGAAGUUGAGUGAAGGUCAGUUGAAGUUAAUUUUGAAAGCGAAGUGAAAGUGAAGCUUGAAGUUGAGUUGGAAGUAGUGAUUGUAGUUAAUAGGUUAAAUUUGGUACUGGUGUUCGUAGUAUGAAGUUUAUCUUGUUAAGUAUAAUAAUGAGUUGUGUAUUAGUUCUUGGGACUUGUCCUAGGAAGUGAUAUGCAGUUGUUGUUAUGGUUGACAGGUUAAGGUUUGUGCUGUGGACAUGAGUAGUAAGUUUGAUGUAUUGAUUUCAAUGAUUACUUGCAAUUUGAGUUGAAGCUUGAUUUUGACUUGGUUUUUGAAAUUGAGUUGAGCUGAUUUUGAUUUGACUUGACUUUGCUUGAUUUGACUUUGCUUGAUUUGAUUUGACUUGAUUUGAUUUCUUUCUUCUUUCGUUAUUUCUUCUUUGCUUAUUUGCUUAUUUGCUUGCUUGCUUAUUUACUUAUUUGCUUAUUUGCUUGCUUAUUUAUUUGCUUAUUUGCUUGCUUGCUUAUUUACUUAUUGACUUAUUCUAACUUGAUGACUGUACCUAGAAUCAAUGAUGAUUGAUUUAGGCAAGUCACUUGAGAUUGACAUUAUUGAAAUUGAAAGUGACUUGAUUGGUAUUAUUAUUGUAGUUAGUGAUAUGAAUACAGUGGUUCUCGAAUUACUGGAAAGUCCCCUAAUAGCAUUUUUAAUAGUCAAUGAACAAAGAUCCUUUGUAGACGACUUAGCAUUUCCUAGGGGUUGUAAGUUUUCGAGUUGACUUAGUUCAACGAGAAAUUGAGACUUAUCCUGGUGAAUGGUAUUGA